CCUAUAAAUGUCUUCAGAGGCCAAAGGGAGGUCUUUUGCGGCAGCACCGCUUCCUCCUGUGAGACUCCAGCUUCCAGCUACUUCACUAUGAGGCUUCUAGCCCUUGCCGGUCUGCUCUGCAUGCUGCUCCUCGGUUUCUGCAUUCUCUCCUCAGAAGGGAGAAGGCAUCUUGCCAAGCCCUCAAAGCUCAGGCCCUGCUGUCAACUAUCUCCUAGAUCCAAACUGACAACCCGGAAAGGAAACCACACCAGGCCCUGCAGACCAUGCAGAAACAAUCAACCACAAAACUUGUGGAUGGUGCCUGCGGCUCUCCCACAGAUAUAGAGCCUCCCGAAACAUGCUUCCACCCAGAUAAAACGUUGAUGCCCAGAUGUGGAGACACCAGAAACAUUGACUUGCCUCUUGCCAACCUUCACAGCCAUUGAGCUGUGAUACCAGAAUGCUUCACUUCAGACAGCUGAGAGGAUUGCAGAAUUCCAAGUCCUCAUUCCAAAGGCUCCACCAACCUUCAGAAUCACUAUGAUCCAGAAUCAGCCCACAACUCUUCAUGGCUCCUGCAGAGUAAAAGUCCAAGAUUCCACUUGUGGGAGCUACAGAUCCAGAGACUUCCAAGCUGACUAGAGUGCAAAGUAACAAGACCUCGGUGUGAUUAGCCAAGAGUGCAGCAUCUUAGGAACCCUCCGACAGCCCCAAACCCCUAGCAUUUAGUCAAUGGUCUCUGAACCAACUCCUAUAACUUCCUAAUGUAACCACCAGGAGAACACCAAAAAUAAUAAAGCACAAAUCAGCAUACA